CAGUAACAGACACUCCCACAAAGCGGUGUGUAUAUAAAGAUGAGUCAGACGUGAUCAGCUGCAUCAGUUCAGCAGCUCUUCAGGGGAACUUCUCUUCAUUUGUAGAGUAUCAUUCUAGUGUCAAGAGUGAAAAUGGUGAAAUAUGAAGGGACCGUUUUCACUGCUGAUUUGGCAGCUUCUGCGACUUUAAACAAAGUCUUCAUUAAGUUGGUGGGCACAGAUGGAGAGAGCGAACGCAAGUGGCUCAUGACGAAGACAGGUUUCACUGUGUCCUGCCCCACGUCCAUUGGGAAGCUGGUGCUGAUAGAACUAGACAAACAGCCUCUGCCGCUUUGUCCAGAAGACUCUUGGUUCCCUGCCAAAGUGGUGGUGAAAUCACCCGAGGGACACAUCUAUAACUUCCCCAUCUACCGCUGGAUCACUGACGGCGACGUGCACCGCUUCAGAGAGGGAACAGCUCUGAGAGUCUUUGACGAUGACCAUCAUCUCAGCAGGUACGCUCGGGAGCAGGAGCUCAAGCAACGACAGGAAGACUAUCGCUGGGAUGUGUACCUGGAGGGAAUACCCCACUGCAUCAAGGCAAAGAACCCUCUUUUGCUGCCUUGUGAAGUCCGUUUCUCCUUCACCAAAACCACAGAAUUUCUCUUCACUGCCUCCACAGGGUUGGCAGAACUGGGACUGAAGGGACUUACUUUUUAUAAAAGGAGGUGGAAGGAUAUUGAUGAUAUUAGCAACGUGUUUUACUGCAAAAAGACUAGUAAAUCAGAGUACGUCAAACAGCAUUGGGAGGAGGAUGCUUUCUUUGGAUACCAGUACCUGAAUGGUGUCAACCCCCUUUUGAUCAGACGUUGCACAGCCCUUCCCAGUAACUUCCCAGUCACUGACAGCAUGGACUCCCACCAUGCUCGCUGUAGCUUAAAUGAUGAAAUUAAGAAAGGCAACGUCUUCCUGCUCGACUACAAGAACAUGGACGGAGUGCAAGCAAACGUCGUCAAUGGGAAGAAGCAGUACUUGAUGGCCCCACUGGUCCUGCUCCAAAAAACCCCGGAUAACAAAAUGAUCCCAAUUGCUAUUCAGCUGAAGCAGCAACCAGGAGAAGACAACCCGAUCUUCUUUCCUACGGAUUCUAAGCACGACUGGCAGGUGGCCAAGAUUUUUGUACGAAGCGCCGAUUUCAAUGAGCAUCAGCUCAACACACAUCUGCUGCGUACGCACCUGCUGGCCGAGGUUUUUGCAGUGUCACUGCUGCGCAACGUGCCCAUGGUGCACCCUCUGUACAAGCUUCUCAUACCUCACACACGCUACACUCUGCAGAUCAACUUCUUAGCUAGAAAUCUUCUGAUAUCUAAAGUGGGAGUUUUUACUCGGUAUGCAGCCAGUGGUGGAGAAGGUAUGGUCACAAUCCUGAGGAGAUCACUGUCCUCGAUGACAUACAGCUCCCUCUGCAUACCAGAUGACAUUCCUGAGCGCGGGCUGGAGGACGUGCCGAACUUCUACUAUAGGGACGAUGGACUCAAGCUUUGGGAUAUCAUCCACAGGUUUGUGCAGGGAACCCUCGGCUACUACUACAAGAACGACAGCGAAGUCCAGCGAGACUCUGAGCUACAGAAGUGGAUUUCAGACAUUUUUGAACAUGGAUUCCUUUCUCAAGCUUGCACAGGAAUUCCACAGAAAUUCACCACCGUAGCUGAAAUGGUCAAGUUUGUUACCAUGGUGAUCUUCACCUGCUCAGCCCAGCACGCUGCUGUGAACUCUGGACAGUACGACUUUGGUGGCUGGAUGCCAAACACUCCCAUCACCCUGCAACUUCCCCCACCAACCAAAAAGGGGACAACAGACAAGCACACGAUGCUGAAAACCUUCCCAGACGUUAAAACCACAGCUCAGGGCAUGUCCACUAUGUGGCUGCUCAGCCGGCAGUCCAGUGACUUUGUGCCUAUUGGCAAGUACCCCGAGGACCACUUCUGCGAGGAGACUCCCCGUAAGGUGAUAAAGGAUUUUCAAGGCGAGCUCGAAGUGCUGAGUACAGUCAUCAAAGUCAGGAACAGGAGUCUGGAGCUGCCGUACACAUACAUGGAUCCAUUGGAGGUGGAAAACAGCGUGGCAAUUUGAACAUCAGCAGAUGGGAACUCCUCAGAAGAUGACCAAAUUCAGCUUUAUGUUAAUAAAAGGGAUCUGAGGAUGAACUAAACAUUGUGACCCUCACUGAUACUGUUUGACAGGAAAAGUCUGAUCCUUAAAAUCAUAUUUGAAUCACUUUUUUCCCUAUAGAUCAAAUAUUGCAGGACUUAUGUUACAUGAUUGUAAGUGUAAGUUACACUGAUGAUCCUUAAUUGUUGUCUUUUAUGAGCACAUAAAAAUAUAAAAAAAAUUGUUUGUCUAAAUGAUUAAUAAAGGGUGGGAGCUAAUUACUGAUUUUAGUAUUGCUACACAUUAGGGGUAUUUGUGACAGGAGGUGAAUAACAAUAAAAAGCAAAUGGCGGAAGAAAAUGAAAAGGGCAAAGUCUUUUGUACAUUUGCUUUUGUUACGAACAUUGUUGCAGUCAAUGUCAGAAAAUGCUGUGUGCAUGGCUGCACAACCAAGAAAACAAAGACACAUCAAACACAGAGUUCUACUUAAUGUAGCUUUUGUAGGUUUUGACGUUAUCAGUUAUGAGCAGAGGUGUCAAGUAACGAAGUACAAAUACUUCGUUACCUUACUUAAGUAGAAAUUUUGGUUAUCUAUACUUCACUGGAGUAAUUAUUUUUCAGACAACUUUUUACUUUUACUCCUUACAUUUUCACGCAAUUAUCUCUACUUUUUACUCCUUACAUUUUAAAAACAGCCAUGUUACUCUAUUUCAUUUCGGCCUUUAAAAAAAAAAACUAUCCAGUUAAAUUGCUCCAUCCGGAUAGAGUGAAUUUGGUUGUGGUUGUGUGGUUCUUGUCCAGUUUUUUUCUUACAUCCGUUCCCUCAGAUUCCUGCAACUAAACUUGGAUGUACAUUCCAAUAAAGGUUAG